AUUAUCAAAUAAAUGCUCACAGGUACAUGUCAACUUUGUACUCCCACCCACAGUUUCCCACUUCCCACUUCCCACAAGUGUCCGGAGCAGAUCAACCAGGAGCUAAUGAAUCGUGUGAACAGUAACCCUCUAUGAUGAGUACUUCCUAAACACAUCACUAACUACGUACAUGCCCUGUGGAGCAAGAAGGCGAUAGGGCAGCCUGUUACCUUUACAGAUAUCUUCAGGAUGUUGAUAGGCGAGACACUCAUUCCCUCUGUACGUAUCUGAUGUUUUGAGGGGGUUCCUUUGUUCUUGCAUUCCACUUAUUCAGAAAUACACAAUGCUCAUCUGGCGAUACAAAGGCUCCAUUUCUCCUUCUGCUUUCUCAAUAGAGGAUGGACACCAAGUUGAGUGAGUUGCAGGAAAAGACAAAUGAAGCUCAGGCUCCUCUACCCUUGUUCGCCUGCUUGCAUGUAAAACCAGAUGUCUCUGAGCUUAAGUUUGCAGAUUGGGUGGAGUGCAGUCCGUAUGAGAUCGGAAUGGCUAAAUAUGGAACCUUCAUGACCCCCAACCUUUUUGGAAGCAAGUUCUUCAGGGGUAACAUGGUCAAGAAACAUGAAGAGAACCCUCUUCACUUCCUUAUGGGUACAGAGUCUUUGUUUUCUGGAUUUCUCUUAGUAGUAAGCAGAGAAUCAUGAGAAGAAAGUGUUCUUAUGGAAAUAGUGACACCAUAUAGUUGGAAUCUUCACAGUCAGAGUAAAAUAUCACCUGAUUUAAGGGUGUUGGUUCAGUCAUUUGCAAUAAUCUCAUCCUUACUGUAUUGCAAUGCAAGAAAAAUUUGUGUUGUAAUUCAGUGACAC